GAAAAUUUUUGGUAUGGAGUUAAUAUUCAAAUAAUACGAACAGGCAUUGGCGUUGAAAAUUUUAAUCAUCAGUUUGGCAAACUAAUUUAACAUAAUAUGGCAAAGCACAUAAUCACCAACUCUCAUUAAUGUAGUUUUAAUAUACCUCAGUUAUUGGAUAUGCUAAGUAGAAGAUUAUUUAAAUUUUUUAAAUGUUGCAUGUGAGUAUAUAUGCUUCAUAUCACCAAUAACAGAACUUAUUGAAGAAGAAUGCAUAUAUUACGUUUGUUCCAUAUGGCGAGCCCAAUUGUCUUGUUGAAUUGCAGCUAAACGUACUUUUAGGUGAACAUUGUGUUGCAGUUAAACUUUAAACAAGCUAUGAGGUGUCUGCAGAGGCAUAUAUCAUGAGGCUCUAAAGUGACAUACCAGUGUACUAAUAGUACUUCGCUGAAUACAUAUUUUUUGUUCAACCAAGGAUUCUAUGUGAACCUAACUCAACGAAAUAUGUUAAUAUGGCACGGGACUGCCAAUACAUGUAACAGAAAGUGAACCAUCAUAGUUUCACUUCAUGGUAUACACAUUAACAUUAACUACUUCCUAUUUGGUACAUCUAAUGAGUGCAACAACAAUUUUAUGAUUAAAUACUUGCUGUAAAUGAUGAAUCUGAGAAUUAUCUAUAAGUGCUAAACCACUGACGGGCUAUGAAUAUUUGCUCACUGUUUAAUGGUCACUGUUUCAUAUAGAUGUAAUACUAUAGAUGUAAUACUAUAGAUGUAAUACUAUAGAUGUAAUACUCUAAAACUGUUAAGAUUUUCAACGCUAUACGAAAAAGAUAUCGCCGCUCUCACACGUCUACCAAACUGAAAGCACCAAACUGAGAGUACAUAACUGAGUACUUAAACAUUGUAUAUAAAGACUUAAAAAUAAUAUUGAAAGCCAUAAUGAGUAUACUAAACCUGGAUAAUUUAACUCAAUUAGAGUUGAAAGAAAUUUUCUUCAGAUCAAAUUGUGGUUUCAUGAUGACAAAUGUGCCAUAUGAUAUGCCACUACUAAAUAUUGUAUUAUUGGCCACAUCGUCAGGUGAACCAAAUUUGCUUGAAGUCAAUGUGUUUCAUCUGACUGAUAGAACAGCAUUUCGUUUAAAUCGAACAUGUUGCAGAGAGUUGGAUCUACAGUUAUUUACAAGGAUUAAUCAAUUCAAUCAUAUAGAAAUAUUUGAAGCCGACAAAUACCUUACCGAUGAUGAAAUUGUAAGUGCUGCUAGAGACCUAGCCGGACAUAUUUCGAGUGCUUUCAUUACUUUUUAAUCAAGUAAUGCUGAAAUAACUAAACCUAACUGUUGAUCUAGAAUGCCAGUUCCAAUACUCU